AUGCAUCUUGAAGAAUACAAUGGUCUACAUGAAGGUUUUGCAGAAUUGUAUUGGGAUUGGAAAACACAGACCCGCAGUGAUGCGCAGCAGUUGCUCACUGGUAUAACAAGUUUUGGCUUUAUUAUAGUUUUCCUCACAGUCUACCAAUAUCUCUCACAUCUUUCUGGACUUACUGUUCAGCUCCAAAGCUCCUCUCUGGAUAUUAUUCAUGCAUAUAAUGCCGUGAACGAUAUUAAAGAUAUCUACAAGAAAGAGCGCCAUGACGUUGACAGUAAUUUCGAAUCUGUAAUUUUCAAACAGGCAGAGAGAAUGGCAGCAAAAGUGGGUGUUGAGCCCAAUAAGCCAAGGGUCAGUGGGAGACAGAUAUACCGUGCCAAUAAUGCUGCAAGUAGUACUGUACUGGAACACUACAAACUGAACUUGGCAAUUCCUUUCUUGGAUCAUGUGUGUGAAAAUUUAAACUCUAAGUUUUCUGGACUGGCUAAAACUGCAAUUUCACUGCUAGGACUAGUACCAUCUAUACUUUGUGAAAACAACAUGUCGAUUGACGAAAUCCUACGUAUGUACAACGAGGAUCUCCCAUCACCCGAGGUGACCGACCUAGAAUUGAAACGUUGGAAAAUGCGAUAUGAAAAUGUGUCACCUGAGAGGAGACCUUCUACUCCAGCUGCUGCGUUGAAGGAUUGUGAUGGAACCCAUUUUCCUAACAUAAAAACUCUUCUCAGGAUCGCAUGUACUAUUCCAGCAACCUCCUGUGAGUGCGAACGAAGUGCAAGUUCAUUAAGGCGUUUACAUUCAUAUGCGAGGGCAACGAUGGGGCAAGAACGCCUGUCUGCAUUGGCACUCUUGCACAUUCAUUACGAUAAGGAGAUUGAUCUUGACCGUGUCGUGAACGUGUUUGUACAAUGUCAUCCAAGGCGUCUUGAACUCUCAUCGAUAAUUAAACCAUAA